AUGGCCGGAUCCGGCGCGUGGAAGCGCCUCAAAUCAAUGCUGAGGAAGGAUGAUGCGCCGCUGUUCUUAAAUGACACCAGCGCCUUUGACUUCUCGGACGAGGUGGGCGAGGAGGGGCUUUCUCGGUUUAACAAACUUCGAGUUGUGGUGGCCGACGACGGUUCCGAAACCCCGGAAAGGCCUGCUAACGGGGCGCACUCGGCUCUCCAGGCCGACGAUGACUCCUUGCUGGACCAUGACUUACCUUUGACCAACAGUCAGCUGAGUUUGAAGACGGACCCCUGUGACAACUGCAGCAAGCAGAGAGAGUUGUUGAAACAGAGAAAGGUGAAAACCAGAUUGACCAUUGCUGCCGUUCUUUACUUGCUUUUCAUGAUUGGAGAGCUUGUAGGUGGAUACAUUGCAAAUAGCCUAGCAAUCAUGACAGAUGCACUUCAUAUGUUAACGGACCUCAGUGCCAUCAUAUUGACCCUGCUUGCUUUGUGGCUGUCUUCAAAAUCACCAACCAAAAGAUUCACCUUUGGAUUUCAUCGUUUAGAGGUUCUGUCAGCUAUGAUUAGUGUGCUGUUGGUGUAUAUACUUAUGGGGUUUCUCCUCUAUGAAGCUGUCCAAAGAACCAUCCACAUGAAAUAUGAAAUAAAUGGAGAUAUAAUGCUCAUUACCGCAGCUAUUGGAGUUGCAGUUAAUGUGAUAAUGGGGUUUCUGUUGAACCAAUCUGGUCACCAUCAUGCCCAUUCCCACUCCCUGCCCUCAAAUUCUCCUACCACAGGUCCCAGAUGUGGACAAAACCAAGGGCAGGAUAGCCUGGCAGUAAGAGCUGCAUUUGUACAUGCCUUGGGGGAUCUGGUACAGAGUGUUGGUGUGCUAAUAGCUGCAUACAUCAUACGAUUCAAGCCAGAAUACAAGAUUGCUGAUCCCAUCUGUACAUAUGUGUUUUCAUUACUUGUGGCUUUUACAACCCUUCGAAUCAUAUGGGACACAGUAGUGAUAAUUCUAGAAGGUGUACCAAGCCAUUUGAACGUAGACUAUAUCAAAGAAGCUUUGAUGAAAAUAGAAGAUGUACAUUCAGUGGAAGAUUUAAAUAUCUGGUCUCUCACUUCAGGAAAACCUACUGCCAUAGUACACAUACAGCUAAUUCCUGGAAGUUCAUCUAAAUGGGAGGAAGUACAGUCCAAAGCAAAGCAUUUAUUAUUGAACACAUUUGGCAUGUAUAAAUGUACUAUUCAGCUUCAGAGCUACAGGCAAGAAGUGGACAGAACUUGUGCAAACUGUCAGAGUUCCAGUUCCUAA